AACUGAACAGCUUUGUAUGAGAGAAUUUUAGGCCAAAAAAUCGAAAAUGUUCUGUAUUCUGACCCUGUUCAUCUUUCUGUGCUUUCAGGACAAGAAGCUGGAUCAACAAUAUGAACAGACCACCAAGACUCUGUUCUUCCACAGCAAUGCUGAGCUCCUGAGCAGCCUGGAGUCCGCAUCAGUUAGGAUCUUCAAACCUCCGACCUUCCCGACCAGCACUUCCUCCGCUGGUCUUCGUUUCCAGGCGGUCAGCCCUGCGCAGACCCCCAGCAGCCCUCUGCUCCCUGAUCCCACCCCCAGCCCGGGCCAAGCCCCUCUGGAUAGCCCCCGCAUGGCCACCAUCCAGGAGGACCCCAGCUUGGACACCGAGGCUCUGGAGGAGGCGUUCGGCCGGCCGGCCGGCUCCACUCAGCGCUCCUUCGAGGACCUGACGGAGAAUAGCGUGACGAAUCGCGGCGAGAAGGCGCUGAUGCUCAAACUGCAGAGACAGCAUCAGAUCGACACCAAGGAGACGCAGUGCUGAUUGGACGCGCCUGCACGUUGGGGUGUCACGGUUACGUUGCUCCAAAAAAUUUAAUUAGAUUCAAUUUAAACUGUUUUUUACCCCCCAACAGUGAAGUCACCUUUCUCAGCAACACAUCAAACAUAUUUUGUGUAUACUUAUUAAAGGUCCCAUGACAUGGUGCUCUUUGGAUGCUUUUAUAUAGACCUUAGUGGUCCCCUAAUACUGUAUCUGAAGUCUCUUUUAUAUAGACCUUAGU